CUCCCUUGAUCUUUCUAACUUAAAGUUGAGGUCAAUUAUGUUCUUCGAUCGUAAGAUGAGUCUCAUAAAUUUCAGUAGUGUGUUCCAACAUCUCUAUGUGUUAUACUUGGAGAUGUGUGUUGACAAGAAUCCACAGCCACAUUUAGUUCCUGAUGCCAUAGGAAGUUUGUACCACCUCAAGUUCUUAAGAUUGAGAGGUCGUAUCCAUGAUCUUCCCACUUCCAUUGGCAACCUCAAGAAUCUACAGACACUUGUUGUCAAUGGAUACUCUUGCAAACUACCCCAAGAGACAGCUGACCUAAUAAAUCUAGGACAUUUAGAUGCUCGGUAUUCAGAAUCUCUGAAACAUCUAAGCAAACUCACUAGCCUUCAAGUUCUUAAAGGCGUUUAUUGUGAUCAGUGGAAAGAUGUUGACCCUGUUGAUUUAGUCAACCUUCGAGAAUUAACCAUGUGUAGUAUUUGGAACUCUUACUCCCUAAAGAACAUUAGCAGCUUGAAAAACCUUAGCACUCUCAGAUUGUUUUGUGAACGUGAUGAAUUAUACACAUCUCCAUUCCCAUCCCUUGAAUUUCUUUAUUCUUGUGAAAAUCUGCAGAAAUUGUGGUUAAAAGGGAGAGUAGAGAAACUGCCUCUGUUUCCAAAUUCCAUCACAAUGAUGGUUCUUUGGCAGUCAAGACUCAUGGAGGAUCCGAUGCCUAUUUUGGGAAAGUUGCCAAACCUAAAAGAUCUCAUAUUACAAGAAGCUUAUAAAGGAAAAGAAAUAAUGUGCAGCAAUAACACCUUCAGUCAACUAGAGUCCCUUCGUCUUUAUGAUCUUUCAAACCUAGAACGAUGGCAUUUAGACACAAGUGCCAUGCCUCUCAUUAAAGGUCUUCAUAUCCAUGCUUGUCCAGAGCUGAAGGAGAUUCCAAAGAGAAUGAAAGAUGUUGAAGAGAAAUUAAAUAUGGUGGAGCUUUACAAGCAUAUGUGAAGUCUUAUUUGAUAAUAGCAAAGCCUCCCAUUUCUAAAUUGGGACAAUGGCAAAAGAGGGAAGUAAAAGCACGUGGAACGAGCUGGGAUGUCAAGAGCGGUGACUUAAAAUGGGCAGGUUGGAUCAAAUAUGAGCGGGUUAGAAAAAAAGGAAAAGAAUCCCAUAUGAAGGAGACCAAGUAAAAACAAGAGGGAGAAAACACAUGAGCCAUUUUAGUGGAAACUAGGAACCUGUCAAAAUUCCUUCUUGUUUUCAUUUUUCUU